GUUUGGAGGCUAAGGCGUACAGAUCGCCAUUUCUCCUUUUCAUUGACACAUAGACACUCUAAACAUCACCACUUCAGGACAGUAUUCUGAUUUGUGAUUUUUCACAUCAACGCUAUCUUCUUCAUAUAGUUUCUGAGGACUUAGUUUCUGUUUGCUUUGUUCAGGAUGGUAUCAGGAAAGCUUCACAUAUGGAAGAGAGCUUUCAACUCAAAGUCUCCUUUGUAGGGAACUGACAGUAGCAUGUACAGAAACAUUGGGUGGGACUGAAAUAAAGAGAUGGAACUGAAGGUGUGGGUGGAUGGGGUUUUGCGGGUGGUUUGCGGCCUAUCAGAAGAAACCUCCUGUCAGGACGUGGUCAUUGCUCUUGCCCAGGCUAUAGGUCAAACUGGUCGCUAUGUUCUCGUCCAGAGACUCAGGGAUACAGAACGACAGCUUCUCGCGAAUGAACGCCCACUGGAGUCACUGGCCAAACUGGGCCAGCUGGGACAUGAGGUCCAGUUCAUCCUCCGUCGCACUGGCCCAAGCGGUUCUGGGGAGCCUGACACAGAGAGAUUACCUCACCUGCCCAAGUCCCAUGACUUAGAACCCCCAAAACGCAAGGAGCCUAAAAAGGCCCUCACUUUCAACCUGGGACCCUCUACCUCACCUCAAACGCGUAUGAAGUACUUUAGAAAUGCAUCCAAAGACUCUCAGGAGCAAAGAGCAUCUCCCACUCCUCCGUCUUCCCUUCCUCUGACUGGACCUUCCAAGGAGGAAGUUUUCAGGCAGGUCCUUCAUCAGCAAGAAAGGCUGCAAGCUCUAAAGGACCAGUUAGAGACUCUAGAUCAUGAGGUAUGGGCUUUGGAGCAGCCUCCUCCAGGGCUCUCCCCUUCUGCCCUGGAGGAGCUGGACUUUCUUGAAGAGUCUUUCAGGCGCAAUGAGGCAAUACUGGCACAUGGGGUGCAAUGGGAGACUGAGCUUAAUGCUGAGACCCAGGAAGAACAGAAUAUGCUCAGGCACCUAAAUGAGCUUUAUUCUGCUGUUGAUGAACAUAACCACAGGCUUGAUGAUCUCAGCGGUCAAAUGGGGAAGCUAGAGGAAGACAUCCAACUCUGCAAAGAUGGCAAGAAGAAUGGAAUGCGUUCCAUGAGGGUGGAGGAGUCUUUAGGGAUGGUGAGGGGUGAGUUGGACGGAGUACACCAUCAAGCAGAGGAACUGGCAAUGUCUCUCAGAGAGACAGAAGAUGGACUGGAGAUGACUGAGCAAUUACUAGAGGCUAAAAGUCAGGAGCUGGAUGAGCUAAAUAAGGAACUUCGUCAGUGUAACCUGCAGCAGUUUAUCCAGCAGACUGGAGUCCCUCCAGCUGUGCCAAACCCGUAUGCAGAUGAGCCAGACCUAGACUAUCUCUCACCAGAUGGGCAGAGUGAUGAUGAAUCAGAGCCCUCUGUUUUGGAAUUUAACCCUCAUACCACUGCCAAGCAAAUUCUUGAGAACAACCGCAGCCUCCAAAACCCACUGGUGUCCAGGCUCCAUCAUGAGGCACUGCCAUCCAGAGAGAAUUCAUGGCGAUAGCACAAGGAAUCGGUCCUUCCCUGUCCAUUCUACAUUCUAUGACCUGUGUCAGUGUUUACCCUAUGGUGUCGAGUAUUCAUUUACAU